AAUAUUUCAGUCUAAUUUCAUAUCGUCGCUAUCCUUGGGGACAGUUUCGUGGUGUGUCUAGUAAGCAGUGCGAGAGAACAUCUACAGAUAAUUCAAAUUUUUUGCCAAGACCCGUGUUAAGCAAACUCUAAAAGUGCUAAAAAGAACCUAUUGUAGAAACGAUUAAACAUUUCAAUUUAAUUGGAUAGCAGAAAACUGCCGGCGACUUUUAGGAUGUGAAAUUGAGCUUUCAAGUGCUAUACUGCAAUAUCGAUAAGAAUCUCGACACUGCGAUAAAACCAAACCUUUGCUCUCCGUAUAGUAGAUUGAUAUUACGGCGUUGUAUUAUAACGUUAUACCUUUAUCUGUGUUGUUGUGGCGUCAACGCAAACUGCUCCGGCUUGGUAUUUUUGUACCUUUUGACCAGUGAGGAAAAAAGAAAGGAUUCAGUGGAAUAGUAGAGGUUAACUGAAUUGUUAUUCACUUGCAAUGGGGAUUAACUUCUCCAAUUUUGUUCGACAACUCCUCGGCAAGAAGCAAGUGAAAAUUGUGAUGGUAGGACAUCCGCACGCUGGCAAGACCACAAUCCUUUACAAUCUCAAGCUCGGGGAAGUUGUGACCACAAUCCCGACUAUUGGUUUCAACGUGGAAAGCCUCGAAUACAACAACAUCCGCUUUGUCGUCUGGGAUGUUGGGGGCGGUGACAAGUUUCGACCACUCUGGAGACACUAUUUGCGUGAUUCGCAAGGCGUCGUGUUUGUUGUCGAUUGCGAGGACAGAGAGGUCAUCACAGAAAUUUGGGACGACUUAAAAAUGAUGUUGCAAGAGGACGCUUUAAAAGAUGUGGCAAUCCUGGUGAUUGCUAACAAACAGGAUCUGGCCCACUCUAUGAGCGUUUCAGAGUUGGAAGACAAAUUAGACCUCAGUCGUAAUCUACCAGGGAUGCGGUGGCGCAUUCAGGCCGCAUCCGCCACGCAAGGCUAUGGAUUGCGCGAAGGAUUUGACUGGCUGGCUGAUGAGUUAGCCAAAAAAUGAAACAACCUAGGCACCGAUCUUUGUACAAUUUGAAUUUAGAACCAUUUUACGUAUCAAAGUAAAUUUUUUUAUCAGAUAAGCGAAAUUAAUAAAAGUCCAAAAGGAUUUUAUUAAUAAAUUAAAGUUUUCAACAUUUUCAUAACUAUUUAAUUAUAUUAGAAGUAGACAACAAAGUGACAGUCUAAAAAGUUUUUUUUUUUCUUUAUUACCGGAAUUCUGUAGUUAUCACGACAAGCUCUCUGAAUCCCUCAUUAUAUUAACCAGUUCCGUUCAUUGGCCUCGGCUAUCCAAAUUAUAAGCAACACGUAAUAGAAGAAUUCGCGCUUAUUAGGAAUAACACGUAGGAUGUUGACAUUCUAAUUGAGUUUCGUCACCGUUUCCAAGUUCGUUGUCGUCUACGAGAACAAUGAAGAAAUUUAAUUUCAAAAAGUUCACUCGUUCGAGAGGGAAUAAGGAAAUUUAACCUUCAAAAUUUCGAGUACAUUUUGAAAACUUGUCUUGCAGGAAAUUAAUUGGAGAAGAAUGUCUUCUCUAAGACCAAUUUAAUGUUCAUACACUGUUUUGUUUUAACAAUUUUUCUAAUUGUAAGAAGAAAAAGACAAAAGGUAUUCCAAGUCGUGAUCCGAUGAGCGUCGUAGAUUUUAAACCAGUUAGGCGAACCGUCUCGUAUAUAAAAAAAGGGGACCCGUCGAAAAUUGAGGAUGGAGCCAUUAGAAUCAGCAGGAAGUUACCACCCGUACAACCCAUACAAUCAAUACAACCCAUACAACCCAUACAUACAUGGACAUCCCCAACGAGGAUGGCCUUAUUAUAGCAGCCCAAUGAUGCCCGAUUACAUGGAUUAUCACCCGCCAGCAUAUCCUGCUGUGGAUGACAUGUUUUAUCCAAAUUAUCCACCGCUAUUUGAUCACAGAUACGCUGGGUAUCAGCAGGAGGGUCCGAGUGAAUUCGGAGAAAUGUUUGGAUCCGACGAUGCAUUUCUGGGCACUCUCAUCACUGAUUACCUGCUGGCAACUUUGUCGCAACCGGCAAUUCACCAAAAACCCAAACAAUUCCCUCCUGUUAUUCCUAAGCCUUCGAGCGGAUCAUUCGGUACAAAAGGAAACAGGGUACCAAAACCCGUCUCCUUUGAUCUAGCCGGUAAAGAUGUCCAACCAGCCACCAGUGUCAAAACUUUGGUCGGAAGCGAAGCAUCCGCUGCCGUUUCUGAUGCCGAUCCAGUUGUUCCACCCAAAUCACUUGUUGCAUCUACAACAGCCCACCCGUGAUAUGUCGGGAUUAUAAUGCGAGUAUGCACUGGACUGUGUGCUCGUAACUGGCGAAUGUUAACGGGAAUUUUAUUUUGGGUAGAACCGUAGAAAUAAGGUUAACAACGUCCGCAUACCUUUUAUUACCUUGGUGCGUGCUCUUUCUCGGUAUUUAUAAUUUGGGUUUACGGAAUUCGUAUUAAUUACAGGAAUUUAAUUAUACACAUUCCAGCUGUAUUGUCUCCGACAUUGCUACGGAAUAAAAAAUCCAAUCUGAAACAAUUUCUUCAUUCACAUUUUUCAGCUAUAGGAACCUUUAUACCUGUUGGUCGAAAAGUCCAUGAUUCAAUAGUUACACGGAUAUUUCCGCAAGUGCGACAACGUCAUCACAAAAGCGAUCAAUACUUUUAGAAAGUUAGACGUGUCAAUGGCUUAUUGGCACUCCAGAAGUAAUGGCUUUUUGACUCAGUACUCACUUUAUUCGUUAGUAACACUUGUCACGCUCGAACCACCUGUGCGCAAAUAAUCUAAUGUGUUAUAAAGUUCUCCCUUUUUCCAGCAUCCGACAUUAAUCACUUCCCGCUGCAGAGCGACGGAUCUACAUAGUGAUGAAGACUGCUGCUAACGUUAUUUUCUUCGUGGUCUUCCAGGUAGCAAUUAAUAGUCACCUGUCCUUUAGCCAAUCCCAAAACUGGGACUUGCAAUUCAACUUUGAUGGCUACACCAGGCAAAACAAAGACUUUCUAAUGAAGAGCUGCCCGGCAAACAUCAAUCAAAACGUCAACCAAACAGUGAAGAUGAUCGACGCGUCUCUCCAAAAAGACGCGGUGGAAUUCCCCACGACCAACAAGGAAAAGAUUCACCUCAAAUGCGUCAAAGAUUCGCUGAUGGGCAACGUCGUCAACUUCACCAUCUACCGAGACGGCGAUAACGAUUACACGGGAAAGGGCGACCGACAGCGGAUGGAAAUGAAGGGCAAAGAAGAUGGUAAAAAAGGAACGAGCUUCAUUUUCGCUUGGUGGUUCAAACUCGACCCGAAAAUGAAAAACACUUACGACGAUUUUUACCACAUUUUCCAAAUUAAAACUGGCGGCAGUGGGUCACUCUCCAAAUUUCCUUUGGCCACUCUGAGUUUAUCGGAAAAAGACAAAUUCAAUUUGCAUCCGAACUACUUGAACCGUUAUGGAGACAAGGCGUAUGAAUUGCUGGACCUCCAAGCCGCCAAAGGCAAAUGGAUUCAAGUGUUUGUCGAGGCGGUUUUCAAGAAGAAGAGUGAAGGUGGAUACAUCCGCGUGAUGCUGAAAGACGAGAAAGGAAAGGACCUCAUCAAAGAAAGAAAAGUCGCUCACGAAAUGUGGUGGAAUGGAGCUAAUUUCCGGCCGAAAUGGGGACUCUACCGCCAAAAAGCGCCAAAAGUUUACCAGCCGGCUGAUUGGCAGCUAUUCCAAAACGUCCAAAUCUGGAAGAAGAAAUAAGACCCCGGCAUUUCUUGUUUUAUUUGGUGGUUGGCUCAUAUAGAAAACGAGUGUCGUUAGACCAUUAUUACCUAAUAGUGUAAACACUGUCAGGUUGCGUCUAGUGAAUAAAACUUGUCUAAAAUGUA